AUGGAUCUAACAGACCGUCGCAACCCUUUCAACAAUCUGGCUUUUCCUCCGCCGCCGCCGUCGAGGACCUUUACAAGCCCUAUUUUUCCACGAUCAAGCUCUUCCGGCACGAGUUUUCCGAUUCUUGCCAUCGCAGUGAUCGGAAUCAUAGCCACUGCGUUCUUGCUUGUAAGCUAUUACGUCUUCGUCAUCAAAUGCUGCCUUAAUUGGCACCAAAUCGACAUUUUCCGCCGCCGCAGACGGAGCAGUGACCAAAACCCUCUAAUGAUUUAUUCUCCUCAUGAGCCAAACAGAGGUCUCGAUGAAUCCGCCAUUAGAGCAAUCCCAAUCUUCAAAUUCAGGAAGAGAGACGUGGUUGCAGGAGGAGAAGAAGAUCAGAAUAAGAACUCUCAAGAAUGCUCUGUUUGCUUGAACGAGUUUCAAGAAGACGAGAAGCUGAGGAUUAUUCCCAAUUGCUGCCACGUAUUCCACAUCGACUGCAUCGAUAUUUGGCUUCAGGGCAACGCGAAUUGUCCCUUGUGCAGAACCAGCGUUUCUUGCGACGCAAGUUUCCCUCUUGACCUAAUAUCUGCUCCGAGCUCUUCCCCGGAGAUUGAUCAUCCUCCUCGGAACCAGAUUCUUGAUCAACCCGACGCAGUUUUAGGGGACGACAGUGACUUCGUCGUGAUCGAGCUUGGGAUUAGUAAUGGUGGUAAUAACAGACAAAGCGUGAGAAACAGAGACUUCCUUGCGGAAAAAGAAAGGGCUGCCUUGGCCGAGGUAUUGGCCGGAAACAUCCCGAAAUCGAUCAGUCCUUCGCCUAGAAAGUUCGAUCAUCGUGCAAUGCAUAAGAAAGAGGGAAUAUUUCAUCAAGUGACGAGUAUGGGAGACGAAUGUAUCAAUACUCGAGGCAAGGAUGAUCAAUUCGGUGCAAUUCAACCCAUAAGAAGAUCGAUCUCAAUGGAUUCAUCAGCUGAUCGCCAGCUGUACCAUGCGGUUCAAGAGGUGAUUAGCCGGAAAACUGGGAAGAUCCCGGUGGUGGCCGGAGACGUUGGAGAGUUUAAGGAAGAUUGUAGCAGUAGUGGUGGUGGUGGUAAUAACAAAGUGAUGAAGAGAUGUUUCUUCUCUUUUGGAAGUAAUAGAUGUUCUAGAAGUUCUUCAAUAUUGCCUGUCUAUUUGGAACCCUAA